AAACACGGAAUUUCCUCAGUUCGUAACAAAUUUCUUCAACUGGUCAACUUCAAAAGCAUGGGCGAACACAUCAAAGUUUCAUCGGAGAACGAGAAAGGGGAUGUCCCCUGCGUUCUGUUCAAAGGGGGCGCUGGAUCCCCCGCCAUCAUCGUGCUUCAGGAAUGGUGGGGAGUAAACCAACACAUUCUGGACCUGGCGCAGGAAAUUAGCAACAAGAGCGGCUUCACCACGAUCGUUCCCGAUCUUUACCGAGGUCAUGUGGCGAUCAAUCGCGAAGACGCAGGCCACCUCAUGACCGGCCUCGACUGGCCGGGAGCCGUGAAGGAUAUCCAGGGCUGUGCUAGGUACCUGCUAAAACACGGACACACCAAGGUUGGAUCCACCGGAUUCUGUAUGGGUGGCGCCCUCACCGUUGCUGCGUGCUGUCUGGCACCGGAAGUUAACGCAGGCGUCGUGUUUUAUGGGGUGCCGAAACCGGAACUGUGUGAUCCUUCGACGAUCAAGGUGCCGAUCCAGUGUCAUUUUGGGGACAAGGACGACAUCGUGGGGUUCUCGGCUCCUGUGGACGCUAAGCGACUCAAGGACCAGCUAGAAGCGGGUAAGGUGCAGUACGAGUUCCAUGGUUAUGACGUGGGACACGCGUUUGUCAACAGCUCUGGCCCGUAUUACGACAAGGAGGCGUGUGACCUGUCUAUGGAACGAAUGUAUGCGUUCUUUGAAAAACACCUCAAAUGAUCGGAUUGAACAGUAGCGGACACACACAACCCAUUAACUGUACUGAAUAGUAUCGAGUGCUUUACAUAAUUGUGCCAAAGAGCUGCGCAUGCGUUCUAUAUAAGCUUAGAAUGGUUCUGUAUACGCUUAGAAGGGUUCUGUUUAAGGUUAGAAGGCCUAUAAUCGGUGAAGGACUAUUCAAAGGAAAACCAUCCUCUUCAUACGUGUACACAAAAUGUUUGACCAAAUUUAGUGUUAGUGACGGACCCUAGUUUUUAAACACUAUGUCGUAUUUUUGACUAUUAGAGCCUAGUUUUAUAAUUGAAAUGAGACAUCACUUAUAUUUUAUUGUUGAGAGCAUCCAUUUUAGUAUAGAGGAAGUCUUUGUGGUCAUCCUGCUAUUUUUUGUAUGCCACGAAAUGCAUUUCUUAUAAUUCUACAAACGCACGUACCUCUGAGAAGUAACGGUUAUAGCAACGAGCUCUCGUCUAUGUUUAAAGGAUAUUUCCCCAUUUCUAUACCACAGACUCUUGUUUCACUCUGUUGUAAUGUUAUCCAGAUGUAUUACAAGUUUGUACAUUAACCGAACUUAGCGUCUGUCUUCACGAUUUCAAACUGGUGUCUGC